AUGGUAGAAAUCGACCAAGAUGCCCCCAGCUCUGCUCUGGACGAUGCCUCCAACGGCACUUCGCUGCGAUCCACCAUCGUCCAGUAUGAAUUCCGCCAUGGCCGUCGCUAUCACAGCAACCACGCCGGCAACUACCAGUUCCCCAACGACGAGGCCGAGCAGGAUCGUCUCGACAUGCUGCAUCAUAUGUUCCAUCGCCUGCUGUACAAUCAACUCUUUCUGGCCCCGAUCAACUUGGCCGGAAAGCGCAUUCUGGACAUUGGCACCGGCACGGGGCUGUGGGCGAUAGACGUCGGCGACGAGCAUCCCUCUGCGACCGUGAUCGGCAACGACCUCAGUCCGAUCCAGCCGCAGUGGGUGCCGCCGAAUGUCAAGUUCUACGUCGACGAUGUGGAAAAGGACUGGGUUGAGGGGCAUCGGUACGACUACAUCCACUGUCGAUACCUGGCGGGGUCCAUCCGAGACUGGCCGCGAUUGAUCCGGCAGUGCUACGAUAACCUCACGCCGGGCGGGUGGCUCGAGCUGCAGGAAACAGCGAAUACCCUCUAUUCGGAAGACGACAGCCUGCAGCCCGACAGCUACAUGGUCCGGAUGAUGGACGGGCUGUUCACGGCCUGCCACCAGAUCGGCCAGACGAUGGAUCCAGCCCCGCACAUGCGCGGAUGGGUCGAACAGGCCGGAUUCAAAAACACCACGCAGCAGCGAUUCAAACUGCCAGUUGGGAACUGGCCAAAGGAUGCGCGAUUGAAGGAAUGCGGCACGUUCAUGCGCGUCAAUUUCGUCGAGGGCGUGGAUGCCUUCACGGCGGCGUUGCUGGGCGAUGUGCUGGGCUGGGAGAGAGACGAAGUCGAGCUGCUGAAUGCAAAAGUGCGCGAUGAAGCGAUGCGCAAUCAGAUCCACGCCAUGUUUGAUUUCUUCGUGGUUGUUGGCCAGAAGCCAGAAUAA